AUGCAUCCACGAGCCAGCCUCAAGCACAUCCAACCGCACUUCUCAAUAGACUCCCAAGACCCCAUAGACUCGACUGACGAGCAACCCAGCCUUCCCACCCAAGAAGCCCCCAGAACCAACUCCCCCGCAACUCCGACACAAGCACACCUAUCAGACGGCCAUCAAGACCCCAUCGAGCAGAUCCAGAACCGCUAUGAAGGUGACCGGCUGGUCAGCUACUACAAAUGGCAGCUCCACGACGAUGACGACUACGACAAGGGCGACUAUCGGGCACGCAGCAGAUCGGCAGCAAGCCCCUGGCAGGAUCAGGAAGCGCCAUGUUCCAUGGCUGCGACGAGAAGGAGGGAAUUGGCGAAUAUGAAUCGGCGGAUAAACAAGCGUUUGAUUGGGUGUGGCGCCGCCCUGGUGCUGGUCAUUGUAGGGGUCAUUGUGGUGUUUGUUGUGUAA